AUUUAAGGACAGUGAGCAAGUACGAUAGUAAAGGGCAGGAUGAAUAUUCAGUACGAGGACUCUACAUUACCGGGGAGCUACGGUGUCGUGGGGUCGUUCCCCAAAAGUUUUGGUUACGGGGUGGAGGAGCCAGACCUUGAGGAGAGCCCGACAUCAGCUGACAAACCCAGGAUCCUGCUGAUGGGGUUGAGGCGGAGCGGCAAGUCCUCCAUACAGAAGGUUGUUUUCCACAAGAUGUCACCCAACGAGACUUUAUUCCUUGAAAGCACCAACAAAAUCUACAAGGACGACAUCUCCGGCAGUUCCUUUGUCAACUUCCAGAUCUGGGACUUUCCCGGCCAGGUGGACUUCUUCGACCCCACGUUUGACAGCGAGAUGAUCUUCAAGGGAACCGGCGCUUUGAUCUUUGUCAUCGACGCUCAGGAUGAUUACAUGGAGGCUCUCAGCCGGUUACAUCUAACUGUAUCCAGAGCCUACAAAGUGAAUCCAGACAUCAACUUUGAGGUGUUCAUCCACAAAGUUGAUGGUCUGUCAGACGACCACAAAAUCGAAACACAGAGAGACAUUCACCAGAGGGCCAACGAUGAGCUGGCAGAUGCCAGCCUGGAGAAGGUUCACCUCAGCUUCUACCUGACCAGCAUCUAUGACCACUCCAUAUUCGAGGCCUUCAGCAAAGUCGUCCAGAAGCUCAUUCCUCAGUUGCCGACACUGGAAAACCUUUUGAACAUUUUCAUAUCUCACUCUGGGAUUGAAAAGGCCUUCCUGUUUGAUGUUGUUAGCAAGAUUUACAUCGCCACAGACAGUGCUCCCGUGGACAUGCAGUCUUAUGAACUCUGCUGUGAUAUGAUCGAUGUGGUCAUCGACAUCUCCUGCAUUUAUGGGCUGGAGGAUGGCAGCGCCUCUGCCUACGACGAAGAGUCUUUGGCGAUCAUCAAGCUCAAUAACACCACAGUGCUUUAUUUGAAAGAGGUCACAAAGUUUCUCGCUCUUGUCUGCAUCCUCAGAGAGGAGAGCUUUGAGAGGAAAGGUUUGAUAGAGUACAAUUUUCACUGCUUCCGAAACGCCAUUCACGAAGUGUUUGAAGUCGGCAGCUCGAACGACGGCGCCGCCUGGAGACCGGUGAGCUCGUCCAGCAACCGCCAGCCAGGCCUUAAAUAUGCUUCACUGAAUGGAAGUGCUGUUUAGAGGGGCUGUAGUUCUGCGGUAUACCUGAAGUCCAGCGAGGCUGAUGAGCUACACUCAGAAUGACGGCGUCUCCCUGAACUUGGCUGAGAGAACCUUUCACGGAGUUGAAACCAGCCUUUGGACUAAAUCUUAUCUACUCAGUUGUGGUUCCUCCAUUGAAGGCGGGAGUUCUGUGAAAAACCUACCGAGCCGAAUGUCAUGAAACCUGGUGGAGGGGUAGAACAUGGACAGAGGAUGGAAAAGUUUUGGUGUGAAUGUGAAUCAUUUUCUAGAAAAAUGCAAGAUGAAGCAUUUACCUUGAUUGAGGAUGCGCUGCCCAGUGUCAGAAAUAAUGCUGUGUACGAAUCAUAAAUUGUUUCUUUCAUUCUGCACCAAUAUCCUAAUAUUCUGUCAGCUGUGUUUACCUUCUUGGCCAGUACUCCGUAAUGUAAAAACACUUGUGGUCCAGUUUAAGUAGAAAUGCUCUAAAGCCAUGUGACAGUGUGUUUCCUCCACAUCCUACAGCAGCACAAACUCUUCCUGCUCAUUUUGCAGUGAAAUAUUGAGUGCUUUAAGUGGGUUUAAUCCUUAGGUUGGAGGAAAAGUAGUUCUGUGGAGCACCAUGUUCAUCCUUCUGUGUGUUUUGUUGAUAAGUGCUCGUGUGACGGGAUCUCCUCUAACCAAAACUGUGCCAGUUACACCAUUACAGCCUCGGGUGGUUAACAGAGAGGGCGACAGUCUGGGACUAACUUACGAUGCUUUUCACUCGGACAGCCUGUCAGACUUUUGACUUUUUGUAGCUUGAUGAACAUGUAGGGCAAAUUUACUCCACAAAGAUUGUGUUUGUAGCAGAUGUUUAGGCUUUCUGUGCGAGCGCUGAGUGGGACCUGAAUAAUAUUUCAGAAGAAUGUGGAUGUGUUUUCGUUUCUGUACGUAAAUCUUUAAUUAAAUGUGUUUUCAUACUUUGCUCAGUCACUUUUAAC